AUCACUUUAACUCCUCUUCCUUCUUCUUCCUUCACUCCAAGCCUCUCUCUCUCCCCUCCCUCCUUAUCUGCUUUGGAAUUGAACGCCAAGUUCGGUUCCAGAAUUCUCUCUACCAUUUGAAGCUGAAACGAGUUAGAUGAAUUUUUGGCUCUCUUUAUUGCCGUCACCGGUUCUUACGGGGAAAGCUUAUUAAAGGGGACUGUUCAUCUUGUUAUCUUGGCAGAGAGCUGGCCUUUGUCAUCGUGUUCCUCUUCUGGGUGAGAAUUUGUUAUGCGCAGAACACUGCAUAUAUAAAGUUGAACAAGAAUGGAUCAGAACCAGCAUGGGCUAGCUGCAGGAGGAGGAAUGUCUGGUGUUUCUGCUCAAGGGGCAUAUGGAAUGAACCAAUAUCAACCUAACCCAAUGAUGGCUGCUCCUCAGACUCAGACUCAGUCCCAGUCUCCUUCUCAGGCAGCAUCAGGUCUUCCUGCAUCGUCUUCUUCCUUCCUGAGAGAGCAACAAUAUGCUCACCAGUACAUGCAUCAGCUUCAGCAACAAGAGCUGCGGCAACAACUGCAGAACUUUUGGACUAAUCAAUACCAUGAAAUUGAGCAGAUUGCUGAUUUCAAGAAUCAUAGCCUGCCUUUAGCUCGGAUCAAGAAGAUCAUGAAGGCUGAUGAGGAUGUGAGGAUGAUUUCAGCUGAGGCUCCAGUGAUAUUUGCCAGGGCCUGUGAGAUGUUCAUCCUGGAGCUGACACUCAGAUCUUGGAUCAAUGCUGAAGAGAACAAGAGGAGGACACUUCAGAAGAAUGAUAUUGCUGCAGCGAUCACCAAGACUGAUGUGUUUGAUUUUCUGGUUGAUAUUGUGCCAAGAGAUGACUUGAAGGAUGAAAUGCUCCCAGGUGUUCCUAGAGUCCCAGCAGCAGCAGAGAAUGUUCCUUACUACUACAUGCCACCUCAGCAAGUUGUGGGUCCCCCUCCUCCGCAUUCUCCUCAUUCUCCAUAUGGUGCUCCAAAAGUGAUCAUGGGCAGGCCUGUGGUUGAUCAAACUGAUUAUGGUCAGCCACCACACCCUUCUUUCUCUGCACAAGUCUGGCCAUACCACCAAAACCCCCCAUCAAACAACAAUUCAGAUUCUUGAGGAGAAAAGAUAAUAUCAUUACUUUCUGGGUAUACAAAAGUGCAGAUAGUUGGAGGACCAACAGGAAACCAGAGCAUGUUCUGCUUUUAAUGGAGUCGCCCAAAUGUCAAAAGAAAGAGCCACCAGCAAUGAGGAAGUCACUAGACGUCAAGAUCAUGUAGAGCCGACUGCGUUUAUUGAGAUUCAAGAGUCGUUUUCGUUUUUCUUUUACCCUUUUUUUGCUUCUUUGUUUUUUUUUCCCCCUUUCUUUUGGUGUCAGGAUAGUCAGUUUCAUAGUGAGCUGGAACAUUGCUCGUGUAUUGUUGCUGGUGGGAAAGUGACAAUAAGUUCAUCUAAUAUCUACUUAUGGUUUGUAACUUCGUUAGUUUGCUUA